AUGACCCCUCCAUUGGUUGCGGCUUCAUACCCUGAUUAUGAUGUAUCUUUAAAUAAAAAUACAUCGAGGCGGAGUCUGGGUUCCGUGCGAGAAAAUAUACCGACUGCGAAUGUGAAUGCGAAUGCACAUGGUGGGAAUUAUAAGCCGUACGAAGAAGUGAAUGGGAUCAAUGGAAUCAAUGAAGAUAUAAAUCAUGAGAAAUGCGAUUCGAAAAUAAAAUUUGAGGAUACAGCAAAUAGCAAAUUUACUUUCCCUUCAAGACCUGCGACAACAACGACGACGACAGCGUCGGCGAAUACAAAUCCAACGACUAUAAACACGAAUCACAGUCAAUCGAAUCCUCAACUAUCUCACGAUCGAUCAAAUUCUCAACAUUCACAUCAUCCAUCCCGUCUGAGUAUUUCUAGCAAAGCAUCUUCGAAGUCCCAUCAAGAAUAUAUUAAUUCUCUCGUCAUGCCACCACCCGAAGUCAUUCAAGAAAUCAAUCAUGUCCAAGAAGAAAAAGAGGUCGAAGGUAUCGCGAGACGAUUGAGUGAAAAUCCAAAUCUGAGUGAAGACGAAAGGAGGAAAGCCGCAGAACUUAUACAGAGAAAUUAUAGAGGACAUAGGGAACGGAGGAUCCUAGAAGGAAAAAGGUUGGAUGUUGGGACUCGAUGGGUGGAAGCUGUUAAGGAGGCUAGGUAUAGAAAUUUGACGACACCGAGGGCGAGAGAUAGUGGGGAGAAAGAAAGAAGUAGUAGGAGUUUUGAUGUUGAGGGAGAAUCGUCAAUGAAUACAGAAGGAAUGGGAAGUUCAAUAGCAGCAACACAAAAUCGAACCUCUCACGCUCGAGAAAAUUGGAAGAAAAUUGGCAUGAUAGCUCGAAGAGCAGGUGGAGAUGAGGAAUCAGAUGAAGAAAGUGAUGAGGAUUCUAGAGAUCUAAAUGAAGAAGAACGUGCCGCGAAACGAAAACGUCGAAUGGAAGAAAAGGCAGCAAGACAAAAAGCAGCCAAAAUAAUGGAUUUACAAUAUUUUCUUGAAAUGGUCGAUCUCAAACAUAGGUACGGCUCGAACCUUCGUACGUACCAUGGGGAAUGGAAGAAGGCAAAUACGAAUGAGAAUUUCUUUUAUUGGCUGGAUUACGGAGAGGGAAGAUUUAUUGAUUGUCAAGGCUGUUCGAGGGAAAGGCUGGACAGGGAGCAAGUGAGAUAUUUGAGUAAGGAGGAGAGGUUGGAUUACUUGGUCAAGAUUGAUGGAGAUGGAAGAUUACGUUGGGCUAAGAAUGGUGAAAGGAUUGAUACGACAACGGAAUGGAGGGAUAGUAUCAAAGGAAUCGUGAGAAAUGAUGACGAUACGCCGGUUUUUACACCAUUAAGUGGUGAAGCAGAUAACGAAGGGGAAUCCGACAGUGAAAGUUCUAGCGAUGAAUCUCCUCUCCAUCAUCACUCACACCCACAUAUGCGCACACAAUCUCAAACUCAAGAACAAAAACUCGAAGCCGAACAAGAAGAAUCCCGCGCUUCUAAAUACGCAUCUCCCGAAUAUGACAACGCACAGGGCAUGAAAAAGAUUUCCCAUAUGUCCGCAUCUACCAUCUUCAAUAAACUCCUUCGUGGUUCGGUCAAGAAGAAUACCUGGAUUUUUGUAGCCGAUACUUCGUUUCGUCUUUAUGUUGGAAUCAAACAAUCUGGUGCAUUUCAGCAUUCUUCUUUUCUUCACGGAAGUAGAAUUAGUGCAGCUGGGUUGAUCAAAAUCAAAGAUGGAAGAUUGACAAAACUUAGUCCAUUAAGUGGACAUUAUAGGCCUCCUGUCUCCAACUUUCGCGCCUUUGUUAAGAAUCUUAAAGGCGAAGGCUGUGAUAUGGGAAGAGUAAGCAUCUCGAGAUCAUAUGCGGUAUUAGUGGGACUAGAAGCAUAUGUUAAGACGAGGAAGAGAGCAAAGAAAGUUGUCGGGAAGGUGGUGAGGAGAAGAGAUAAAAUGUUGGAUAAGGAGGAGGUGAGAAGGAGAGAAGAGGAUGCAAUGGAUAAGAGUGAGAGUGCCGAAAAGGAGAGGAAGUUUUUGGAGGAGGAGGAGAGAAGGAAAAGGGAGGAAGGAAGAUUCUUGGAUAGGGUUGUGGGUGGUAGAUUGAGAGGAUUGAGUUUGGGAAGUAGAGAUGGAGGGAACGCGACAAGUUCUGCUGGGAUGGAGGCACAGAGGACGCAUACGAGGAAUGCUUCGAUUGGAGUAGUCGAAAGUAAUAAAAUCCCUGCGGUGGAUAAAGGCAAGGGAAAGGAAACGGAAAGGGAAAAAGAGGCAGAAAUCGAUGUUCCGGGACAAGGCCCCGAAAAUGCUAUUCCACCGCAAGGAAUAAGGGAAGAAUAA